UUAGAUCAAUAGAAGUGACUUUUAGAUGUGCUUUGUUGUUCUUCAGGGCAGCCAUGCCUGUGGGCGAUGUCUGGUUAACUCCUGUCCCCUUCAAGGAAUCCCGACUGUGGCGAGUGUCUAGUACUGCUGUGAUAGGUCUUGUCAGCCUCUUCGGUAAAACAGUGAUUGGACGAUGCAACAAGCCGAAUCUGCACAAUGAAUCCGCCUUCUUGAAGUGUGUGCAGCACAGACCACCAGGAAAACCACUAUUGACUGUAGCAAACCAUUAUAGUUGCGUUGAUGACUUUAUUAUUUCAUAUGUGUUGCCAUGGAAAACAGUAUUGCACCGAUGUGGAAUGCGCUGGAUGCCUGGAGCCAAGGAUAUAUGUAAUACAAACUUUGCAAGCUCUGUUUUCUUCCAGUUGGGUCGAGUCAUUCCGGUGGUCCGUGGAGAGGGGGUGUACCAACAGGGCAUGGAUUUCUGUGCAGAGCGGCUGUCAGUGGGAGAGUGGGUCCACAUAUUCCCAGAGGGCAAGAUCAACAUGGAGCACAAGUACUUGAGGCUUAAGUGGGGUGUGGGUAGACUGGUAGCUGACAGCACAGUUAGUCCUCUAGUUCUGCCGUACUGGCACGUAGGCAUGGACGACAUCUGGCCCAAUAAAGCACCUUACUACCCCAGGACUGGAAAGAAAAUGACAGUUUUGUUUGGGGAGCCACUAGACUUUGAAUCCGAGUUGUCCAGAUUGCGUCAGGAAAAGUGGUCAGGUGAAGAAAUAAGGAAGUAUAUUACAGACAGGAUACAGGAAGAGUUGCUGAAUCUGAGACAUAAAACUGAGAGACUGCAUUUGGAAUUUACUAACAAAUAGAGCAAGAUAAAUAGUAUUUAUACAUCUUAAUGUGAUAUUAUAUUGAAUUUUAAAAUGUAUCUUUGACACUUUUGUUUUGUGCAUCUUGAAACUUAAGCUGUUAUAUAUUGGCUUUUUUUUAAAACAAAUGGCUAAACCUUUUGCUGCUAAAUAUUUUGUGAAGGAUUUUAUUGCAGACACAACUGAUUGUAGUGAGAUGUUUGUCAUUCCAAUUACAUUCAUUCCAAACAACAAAAGAGACAGACAUGUUAGAUUACAUAUAUAAACAGUAUGCUCAUGUGUUAGAAAGAAAUAUAUCCAUUUAUUAAAUGAAAAUGUAAAAAAAGAUUACUGAACAAAGAUGUUUUGAAUCCUAUGGCUAGUAUAAUGAAAAAGUAUUACCUGUUAACCAUUUCCCCCAUAAGAAGCUAAGUGAAAAUGGCUUUUGCAACCAGCCUAAAACCAGAACAGCCUGCAAGUAACUCGCAUUCUGUUCAGGUUUUAUGCUGUUUGCUGCUCAUCAGUAACUAAGGACUGGAAAUGAAGCCUUUAAAACUUAAAUUUAGUAAGAAAGGUAUUAAAUUAAAUGUAACUUCAAAGUUACUACAAAUGCGUCAAAAUACGUAUCUAAGUGGUAGAGAUAAUUUAUUUGCCAAGCUUUACAAGGAUGAGUUCAUCAUUCAUGAAGUUUUUCAAAUUGGAUAGAAUUACACCUACAUGACUGUUCAUACUUAUUUUGAACAUGUGCAAUUGUUUGCUGUAGUUGAAUUCGUUUUCUAAGGGCAUUUUGAAACUUAUUUAUUUUGGCUCACUAUGUUUAUUUGAACAUUUAUAUAUUUAUGAUUGUCCAAAUAAAACUAUACAAUCAAUACAGGAUAAAUUUUUCUUGCUAAAGGUUAAAAUAUCGCAAAAUGAUAUUUUAGUAUUAUUCCGUUUAAGCGUAUCUUCAAUGUAAAAUUUAUCUUUGAUAACUUUUUGAAGAUCUAUUCAAAAUAUUUGUAUGAAUUGGCACUCCCAAAACAUAUGGAUGUUAUACAUGUAGUCAGGAUACAUUAAGCAGAAGUCACACAAACUUGAAGACUUUAUUUUUCUUUUUUUAACAAAAUGCAUGUAUGUUAUUGGGAAUAAUAUGCAAUAUUAUAGGUUGUAUUAAAUUGUUUUUGAGUUUAUUUCGUCUUUUUUUAGUGAUUCUCGCUGUUUACAUAUUUUUUAACUCUUCUGUUUUUUUCUGACUGGUUUCCCAUGUAUUAGUUUACACGGUUCUUGUUUAUUUGAUGGGGUUGUAUUCUGGAACAUAGUAUUCAAAUUUAUUUUGCUGUAAUAAUUACUUCCAUUCAAUCGAAGUCAUGAUUAUUAUCAUAUUUUUAAGGAAUCAUGUUUGCUUACAUAAUAUACAUGUAUAUAAAAAUGUGUGGGAAUAUUUUUUUUAUUUUAAAGUAUAAUAUGUGUACAAAAAAUUAUUCUCUUUUUAAACCAUUUUUGUUUAAACAAAAUGCUAUAAUGUUGGAUAAAUGAAUAGUUCCAAAUAAAUGCUUUUGGGUU